GUUACCUACGAAUUCGAGCAAAAAAAAAUUGUGCAUCUGCAAGCUGAAAUCUCAAAUUGUUGUCGUUGCCAAAUAAGUCGUGCACAACGCAAUCCUGUGGUCCCGGAAUAUGGCUUCGUCCACGAAGAGGUCAUGGAAACUCCAGGAUUUUGUUGCCCACUCGUCCAAUGUCAAUUGUUUGGCAUUAGGUCACAAAUCUGGACGCGUUUUGGUCACUGGCGGUGAUGAUAAGAAAGUAAAUUUAUGGGCAGUUGGAAAACAGAAUUGUAUUAUGAGCCUGAGUGGUCACACCACUCCUAUUGAAUGUGUAAGAUUUGGACAGACAGAAGAUUUAGUAUGCGCUGGCUCGCAAACAGGAGCACUAAAAAUUUGGGAUUUAGAACAUGCUAAAUUAGCUCGUACAUUAACAGGACAUAAAGCAGGUAUACGUUGUAUGGAUUUUCAUCCCUAUGGAGAAUUAUUGGCAUCAGGAAGUUUAGAUACUGCUAUUAAACUUUGGGACAUAAGGAGAAAAGGUUGUAUCUUUACUUAUAAAGGACACAAUAGGAUGGUAAAUAGUUUAAAAUUUAGUCCUGAUGGUCAGUGGAUAGCUAGUGCAGGAGAGGAAGGAAUGGUUAAGUUGUGGGAUUUAAGAGCUGGUAGACAGUUAAGAGAGUUUUCUGAACACAGAGGUCCAGCAACAACAGUGGAAUUUCAUCCUCAUGAAUUCUUAUUAGCCAGUGGAAGUGCAGAUAAAACAGUACAUUUUUGGGACUUGGAAUCUUUUCAACUUGUAUCUUCUACAGACCAAAGUCAUUCCUCUGCAAUUAGAUGUCUCUAUUUCAGUCAAGGUGGAGAAUGUCUUUUUGCUGGUUGCCAUGAUGUGUUAAAAGUUUAUGGUUGGGAACCAGGUAGAACAUUAGAUUCCAUUCCAACUGGUUGGGGAAAAGUACAAGAUAUAGCUAUAGCUCAGAAUCAAUUGAUUGGUGCAAGUUAUCACACUGCAAAUAUUGUUUUGUACGUGUGUGAUUUAAAGAAAAUUGCUCCAUUAGGAGGAGUUUCAACAUCUGGUUCUCCAUUUAGUCACGGAAAUUCGUUAAGGAAAAGUUUUUCUAGAGAAAGACCACCUGGAUUAAAAAAACACACAUUAGAUGUACGAACUAUAGAAGAAGCAGAUAAAUCUGGAACUGAUCCAGAGGAUGAAUCAACAUAUGCAGAUAUUCCUAAUGUAACCGAAUAUCAUGACAUUUUUCAGCCCAAUAGAUCAUUGUCUCGCACUCCACCUCCAGAACCUGAGGCUUUCGAGGAGCCUCAAGAUGUAGAUCCUACGCAACCACAAAUAUUGCAAAAUUUUUCUACCUCAAUGUCAAGCUUAAAUAUAGUGGAUUCAGAAGAGGUUCCGCCAAUUUCAUCACCGUCAUCCUCGCCUCCAUCCGCAUCAACGUUAUCGUUAACGAAGCCUGUACCAGUUCGUGUUCAACCAAUUAAAACAUCGCCGCCUCUUCAAAGAAAUUCGAUUACGACUACUAGCCAAAUAAAAGCGAAUCUUCAAGCAAAUAAUGGCCUUGGUAGAACAUCGAAAAAUUUGGCUUCUAUACCACCUUUAAGACAGAACAUUACACCUCUUCCUGGAAAAAAAAGCUGUCCUAAUAAUGAUAUAACAACACUUCCACAACCUCUAGGCCCUCAAAGAUCAAACUCUACGCUAACGCCUCGUGUAGCACCAAUGGCUGCCGUUCUUCCAGUAAUGGAUGAUGGAAAACUAAAGAAUAGAGCACCUAGCCCGGAUUCUCCUAAGCAUUAUUUAAAAAGACAAAAUAGCUGUAGAGAUGGAGAACAGGGUUACGAAAGCGAUUACCCGGUACAAAUUAAUAGUAUAAGGCACAGUCCCUCCGAUCCUGCGUUAAACAGGCCGAAUACUGCGCAAUCUAGGUCCACUUCGCUGAACAGGAAUUUCGCUACCUCAAUGUCGCUGUCCGCGCGCAACGCUUCCACAGCCACGACAUUCGCCACAAAGAAAUCAAAUAAAGCUCAAGUAGCCCCAAAUCUUAAGCUAGAGAUUCGCGCUUCUCAAAUAAGGCCGAGCAUUGAGAACGCGGACAAAGGAGAAUUCGUUCCCAUAAGUGCCGAUAAACCUUACGGUUUGGACGUUGAAACUUUCUUACCGAACCACUAUGCAAAUCCAACUGGAUUAGGUUUUUCUCAAAUGGGAGUUCUGAACGAGAUGUCGGAAGCUGAAGUACUCAACAGCAUGAUGCGUGGUCAUGAAUCUAUGAUGGCGGUACUUACCAGUCGUCAUCGAUCAUUGCAAAUUAUUUAUUCUCUGUGGCAUAACAAAGAUCUUAAGGCUGCUGUGGAAUCUGCCGUGGCGAUGAACGAUCUUUCGGUUAUUGUGGAUCUCUUGGGAAUACUGACAUUGAAACCGACAAUGUGGAAUUUGGAUUUAUGUAACUCUCUACUCGGUCCAAUCGGUGAUCUGCUACAAAGUAAAUACGAAAUGUACAUAACUGUAGGAUGUUCGGCGUUGAGAUUGAUCCUACGAAACUUCGCAUCCGUGAUAAAAUCGAACGUGGAAGCGCCCCUUCACACGAUCGGUGUCGACGUGUCACGGGAGGAAAGAUACCACAAGUGCCUCUCCUGUUUCGAGAAGCUCUCGACGAUCAGAGGUAUCCUGUUGAAGAAACAAGGGACGCCGGGCAAAUUGGGCGUUUUGUUCCGCGAGCUGGCCGUGCUGAUAAGGAGCAUCGAGUGACCACGGCUUAGGAACUUGGUGAACUCGACCGCCAGACUCGUCGCUACCUGACAGGGAAUCGAGAAGAAGACUCGAGGAAGGAGGGGCGUGUGGACGCCGGCCACGAGGGAGAACCAUCAACACGCUUUCGAGUUGCCUUACUCGGGGAAGCUUGGCGGAUCAGUUCGCCGAGGAACACUCUCCUCCUCGCUCCUCGCCCCGUUCCGGGUCCUAACUUCCGAUCCGGCGCCACGUUCGAGGAGGGAGACGAACGAGCAGCGGAAGACGUCCGUGAAAUUGACGAAGAUGAUGAGGCUGAAGCGAUGCUGAAACGAUGCUGUGAAAGAAGAAGAAGAGAUACUUUUUUCUUCCCCCUCCCCCUUUUUUUUUUUUUUUUUUCUUCUUCGCCCUUUAGCAAUAAACGACCCAAGUGAAAAUCGUUUGUCGACGGACUCGAUUCGCGCGGGACCGCACAAGAGUUGGAGCCUGUCCCGUUUUUAAAACCCGGGUGAACCCCCCCCUCACUCCUUCGAGAACAGUUUGAGAAAAGUUUCGUCGAUCGCGAUCUGCUCAUUGCGUCUUCACCCCCAGGAGAGAGAGAGAGAGAGAGUGAGAGUGAGUGUGUAUGCGUGAAAUACGUGUAUAUAUAUAUAUAUAUACAUAUAUAUAUAUAUAUAUAAAUGGUGUUGAUGAUUACACGAUGUAAAAAAAGAAAAAGGGGGGAAAAAAGUGUAAUAUCAUUUAAUAUAUUACGCUGUGUACAGAUAUCGUAUAUAUACAUCGAUCGCCGGUUUUUACAGAGGUUUUACGAAGUUUUACGAAGUUUGUGGUGCAUGCGUCCCUCCCCUCGCAUCCUCGAGGAGAUAUUAAAUAUGGCGGCAUCGCGAGGACGAAAUUUUUCUCCGUGAUAUUUCCUCUCGUUUAUCCGCGAAAAGAAAAUUAUCGGGAAUAAUAAUAUUAAUAAUAAUAAUAAUAAUAAUAAUUAUCAAUGGCCUUCUUGCCCGAUCUCGUGCCCCUUUUUACACAUAAUCGAACCCUGGUCGAACGAGGGAACGCGUUGAGAGAAGACGAUAACGUUAAUACGAGAGAUAAUUAAAAAAGAGAUAUAAUAAUAAUAAAAAAAAAAAAAAAAAAAGGAAAAAGAAUAGGUACACAAGAAUUUUUCUUAUAACAGGAGAACAGAUGAUAAGUAACAAAUUGUAUUUUUGCAAGAGCCAUUUGCGUCCUUUCACUAAAUAAAAAAAGGAAAAAAAAAAGAGAGAGAGAAGAAGAUACUGUAAUUAAUAGGCGUGUGACUCGAACGUGACCCCCGAUAUAUGUAUCGCAUUGAAGAGAAAAAUGUGUUGAAGAACUCCUCGCGAGUUGAUGAGGCGCAGAGAUUUAGAAUUGGUUCUCCUUUUUUUUUUUUUGAAAUUCCAGCGUUGACGAGUAUUCAGAGUUAAGGAUAAUUGUCGGAAAAAGAGACGAGAAUGAUAAAAAUGUCUUGUAUUACACUUAUUCUCCUACGCCAUUGCUCGUACUUUUGAAAAAUGUUUCAAAUGUUUGCACGUCGACGCGUCGAGAGUUUUGCAGAAAAAAGAAAAAGAAAGAGGGGAAAAAAAAACGCUUUGUCGACGACGCGAUUCUAAGAUUCUUUGUCAAUUGCGCGCGGAACAAUUUCAAUUCUCGCCUCUUUUUCACUUGUCCCAGUGAUACCGGUUUAAUACGUUCCCACCCACCUUUUUUUUUUCUUCGUUCUUAUAUAAAAUACAAUCGUCUACUUUGAAAUUAAAAUUCGAGAAUUGGGAAUCGAGUCGAAUUACUCCUUGAACGAGCGUAGUUUUAUAUUAGGAUAAACGCGUUAUUAAUUAAUCGUGGUCGCGGAUCGUUAAAUCUGCGAAAUCACAGCUCCUCGAAACCACAGCUUUUUGCAAAACUGUGUAAAAAAACAAUAACGAAUAUUUCGAUUAUCGAGAGGAUGAGAGAGAGAGAGAGAGAGAAAGAGAGAAUGAUAAUGUUUUUUCAAACAGAUUUUUUGGAUUUCUUUUUUUUCGCAUGAAUCGUGUAAUAGAGAUAUACCUUUCGACAUCGUGUUCCAGUGACAAUUUUUUGGGAUCAGAGAAUCGGUCGGUUGACGAGGCGGUAAACGAACAAGGGAAAAAAAAAAAAAAAAAAAAGAAAAAAGAAGAAGAAAAAGGAAAAAAAAGACUAUAUAGCGUUAUUUUUUAAAGAUUUAAACGGCGAGAGAAUUAUUUUAACGGGAGGGACGAAACGUUUUUUGCGUUUGGUUCGAGCGAUCGAUCCCUUCUCUUUGGAGUAUUUAGACGGAAAAGAGAGAAAGAAAGGGAAAAAAACGGGAAAAAAAAAAAAGAAAGAUAAGGAAAAGGGUCCAGGGGCGGUUGUUUUUAAUCGUUCGACCUCGUUGUAUUUUUCGACUGUUCGAGAUUCGAGUUAUUUUUUUAACCGAUGAAAUUUUUCGAGCGACGCGAAUAUCAAAGAAUAUCCCAUAUUAUCGCGUGUCGUCUUCGAAACAAUUAUUCUCGACACUCGCGCGAAAGUUGAAAGAAAAAACGAAACAAUUAUUCGAAUAUGUAUUAUUCGCUUUACAAAAAGAUGUGUACACUCUCGUCCCUAUAAGAGUUUUAUUAACAAACCAUGUUUUUAUACCAUGUGAUCAAGUAAAUUACCUUUACUGCUGAAAAAAAAAACGAAUCGAAUAUUUUUUGUGAUCCUGUUGCAUAUCAGUCUUUCUACUAUUUUUUAGACUAAACUUUUUUUAAAAAUGCCGUCGAUCGAAGUUCUCCAGGCUUCUCGAUUUACACACACACACACACACGCAUAUUAUAUUUACAUAUAAUAUAAUAUUGGAGGAGCACGAUUUAAAACGAUUCAAAGAAGAUAAAGGAGUCGAGAGGAGUUCUCGAAUUUAUUUCUUCUUCGAUCCCGUAGAAUUCUCGAUGGAACAGAGAUGGGGAAAGGAGUUUUUUGAAUCGGAGCGCUCAAAAACAUGAUCGUCGUUUCAUCGAAAAUUUAACUUUAGCCAUUUUAAUUAAGCGAGAAAUUAAGGGAAGAAGAGAGGAAAAAAAAAGCAAAAGUAGAACAGAAUAAAAAAAGAAAGGAAGAAAGGAAAAGAAGGCACGAGGAGACUAUAUAAACUCGUCGUCGGUUCCGUCCAACGUAUUUUUAUAAGUGGAGAGAAAGUGCGAGAGCCACGAGAGGAAGUGUGAGUGUGUAUUAUUAUUUGUGUUCUUUAACACCUUGGCUGCGUUGAAAAUUUUCCUGAAUCUAUCUAAAACUAUCGUUUGAUUCCAUCAAAAAAAGAAAAAAAAAAAAAAUCAUCGAAGAGUAAAAAAUAAA